AUGGGUCGCAGAAAAUCAAAAAGACAAGCACCGACAAGGAAGAAGGCCAUCGAACCGCUCGAUCAAGAGUUCAACUGUCCGUUCUGCAAUCAUGAGCAGUCUUGUGAAGUGAAAAUGGACAAGGGAAGAAAUACGGCGAGGAUAUCGUGCAGAGUUUGCAUGGAGGAUUACCAAACGACU